AGAAAACAAAACUUGAAAAGGAAAUGAAACAAAUAGAAAAUGAGGUCAUAAAAGCAAGGGUCGGGAAGAUCGUCAAAGACCCCACAACCGCUGCAUCCGGUAGUAAGUACGUGGUGGACAAACAAGGAAGUGCGGGGAUUCAACGACCAGAUCAAAGAUUUGUCCCAAAAACGCCGGCGAGCGGAGAAAGACGCCGUUUCGGCGAUCCACCCCCAGAUAGUUCACGUGGCAACCGCAGAAAAACACCCAGGCUCAGACAUCCUAUGGAAAUACAAAGAGAUAAUGAGGAGGAUCAGACCAAAGCGGAAAGACUCAAAAAGAAAGAAGAGUUUUGGCAAGAAGAAAAAGUUGCAAGAAGCGGUCGACGACGGGAACAUCCUGAAGCAGUCACCAUCCCCUCAGUUAAAGAGGACCCCUUCGACCAUAAAGAACAGCCAAAGUCCGCACCCAUUGUCGCUCCGUCCCGCACCGGGAAGUCAGCGCUAACACAGAGGAUGGAGCGAGAAAACACCACCUUUUUCGAUCCUCCGAAAGAUCCGAAGAGCAGCGACGAUGUUUUCGAAAAAGCGUCACAUCUUUGGAACUAUAAAACUCAAACAUUUUGGUGA